UCAGUGGUCCCGUCAUUGCUGUGUUGUCUCACCUCUCCGGUUCGUGAGGUGCGGAGGGUGGCGCUCAGCGCUCUGCAGAGCCUAUCAGGAGCAGACUCUCCUUUCCAGCCAAUCACGGAGAAGCUGCUGAAGACCUCGGAGGAGAUUCUCGCUGACCCCGCCUACUUGAGCUUGGCGCUCGGUGUUUUUCACGAGGACAGUUUGUCGUGUAACGUGAAGACGCUGCAGCAGAAGCUGCAGACGUCGAUGCAGCAGCUGCUGCAGAGCGUUCAGACGCCAUGUUGUCCGUCAUACAGCGCCACCAUCCUGCUGAGAGCGCUGAGCCACGUUAACGGACAGUCGGUCCUGUCCGCCCUGCUUCCUGUUCUCGACCGGCUGCUGGAGCAGAGCGGCCCCGACACGCCAACCCUACUGCGGGACGAAGCCCAGGUCAUCCAGCUCAUCCUGGGGAAGUACAAUGAGGCGUCUGCCGCCAUGUUGGUUGAGGACCAGAACUGUCUGGAUCUGUUCAUCAGAGCUCUGAAGACGUCGACACAGACGCACCCGGACAUCCCCAGCUGCCAGAUCAGCGCUCUGGAACAGAUCACGAAGUCGUUCUUCUCGGCCCUCAGAGAAGAGAAGGUGCAGCAGAAACUCUUGACUGUGAUAUUCGACGUGCUGCUGGAGAGCAAGAGCCCCCUGGUGGCCAACACUGUCAGCAGCAUAUUUAAAGGGCUUGCUGUUGAUAGUCAGCUCGUAGCCAAUGAGCUGUCUCCACCAGAGAAGCCCAGAGUCAGUGUGACGGUGCAGCAGACUCGCAGGAGCAAAAUGAGUCUGAGGAAACCUCAGGAGAGCAGCGAGGCUUGUCCAGAGGGUGGCGUUGUGCUGUGGCAGAGAGUCACUCUGAUCUUAGAGCUGCUGCAGCACAAGAAGAAGCUGAAGCGAGUUCAGACGUUGGUGCCGGUUCUGUUCUCUCUGCUCUCCAGGAGUCUGGAGCCAUGUUCAGGCGGUCACGCCAACAUGGAGUACACCAAACAGCUGCUGCUCAGCUGUCUGCUCCACGUCUGCUACAAACUGUCUCCUGAUGGACGACUGGUGGGGCCUGACAUCCUGGAGGAAGAUAAGUUCAGCGUGGAGCUGGUGGUUCAGUGCAUCAGAUCUACUGACAUGCCGCAGACUCACCACCACGCUCUGCUGCUGCUGGGCACCGCCGCCACCAUCUUCCCUGAAAAAGUCCUGCACAACAUCAUGCCCAUCUUCACCUUCAUGGGAGCGAACAUAAUGCGUCUGGACGACGCCUACAGCUUCAGAGUCAUCGACAAGACUGUUGAAAUGGUCAUACCUGCGCUCAUCAAGGCUCACCAGCUGUCUGACGACCAGUCGUCACCUCACGUUCAAGCUGUGGUGACGAGGAUCAUGCACGUGUUUGCCGACGCGCUGCCUCACGUUCCCGACCACCGGCGGCUCCCCGUCGUUGCCCAGCUGAUGACCACGUUAGGCCCCACCCGCUUCCUGUGGGUCAUGAUGCUCCUCCUUUUCAAGCUGCACGCCGAGCAGACCACCAGCUCAGUGAGCGAGAAGGAGGCGUCUCUGGACAGGGACGUAGAUUUCUGGAUUUCUCUGUGUUGUCAGUUCGAGGUGAGCGAGCAGCUUGUCUCUCUCAUCAACAUCCUAAACUUCCUGCAUCAGCUGCCGAACGACAAAGACGACGCUCCAGUGAAACGCAGAGUCGGUCGACGAGGAGCCAAGAAGCCAGAGGAAGUUGAGGAGAAGGUGGAGGAUCUGAUCUUCAGCGUCGACACUCACAGCAGCAAACAGCUGAGACACUUCAAGUUCCUCUGCGUCUCCUUCAUGGCUCAGCUGCUCGGCUCCAGCAGCUUCAUUGGAAAGGUUGCCGAAGGCGGCGACGAUGUGGACGAGUCUCUUCAGCAGCUGCAGCAGAGGCUGCUGGAGGAAAACCUGCGUUACAUCCAGAGCGUCGCUCGCUGUGUCGAGGAGAAUGCCGACAAACCCACCGCCAAGUUCUGGAGAGUUCUGCUCAACAAAACCUACGACGUCCUGGAUAAGGUGAACGCUUUGUUGCCCACAGAUACCUUCAUCACGGUGAUGAGGGGGCUGAUGGGAAAUCAGCUUGUGUCCGUCAGGAGAAAAGCGAUGGAGCUGCUGAACAACAAACUGCAGCACAGGACUCGAUGGGAUAAGCAGCAGGUCAACAUGUUCCUGCAGCUGAUCGGAGAUCUGCUUAGCAUCGUGGGUAAAAGUCACAGUAAGGUGACGCAGGAGGAGGAGGAGGCGGAGCACGGCAUCAACCGUCAGACGGCGCUGUACAGCCUCAAACUGCUCUGUCGCACGUUUGGUUCCAACCACCAGGAGGCGUUCGUCCCCGUUCUGCAACAGACGGUGGAGAUCGUGGCGUCUGCAGAGGAAGAGAAGAACGUGAUGGGCAGCGCUCUGCUGUGCAUCGCCGAGGUCGUCAGCACGCUCAAGGCCCGCGCCAUCCCUCAGUUACCCAGGUUGAUGCCUGCCGUGCUGCACACGCUGGCCAACAGGAAGGAGCUGCUGACCAAUGAGAUUUACCUGCUGAGUGCCGUCACAGCCCUCCAGAGAGUCACAGAGACGCUGCCGCACUUCAUCAGCCCGUACCUGCAGGACGCCAC